GCUUGUCACCGCCUUUUUCCUUUUGCCCCUCUCGUCCAGCCGAGCUCACGCCAGUAGAGAUGAGGGCCGCGUCGUCCCCAUUGCCCGCCGCCGUCCUCGCGGCCCCCUCCGCCGCCGCCGCCCUAGUCGUAAAGCCUCUGCCUCGUGCCGCAGCGAAUGGCGGCGGCAGCACAGGCAGGCGCGACGUCGUGCUUGCCGGGACCGGGCUGGGCGCGGCGCUGGUGCUGGCGCUGGGUCCCGUGUGCGGCGCGGCGCGUGCGGCGGACGAUGAGUACGUGAGCGAGACCAAGGAGGUGAUCGGGAAGGUGCGGUCGACCAUCAGCCUGGACAAGUCGGACCCGAGCGUGGCGGACGCGGUGGCGGAGCUCCGGGAGCUGUCCAACUCGUGGGUGGCCAAGUACCGGCGGGAGAAGUCGCUGCUGGGGCGGCCGUCGUUCCGGGAGAUGUACUCGGCGCUCAACGCCGUGUCGGGCCACUACAUCAGCUUCGGCCCCACGGCGCCCAUCCCGGCCAAGCGCCGCGCGCGCAUCCUCGAGGAGAUGGACACCGCCGAGAAGGCGCUCCUCCGCGGCAGGUAGGCGGCCAAACCCCCAGCGAAGCCACGGCGCCCAUGGCCAUCGCCGUCGCCGUCGCCGUGGCUAAACUUGUGGCAGGGAGCGCGCGUGCCCAGCUCAGCGACAACGCUACCAUUUUGUAACUACUGCGAUGUACUCAGUAUAUAUAUGUGCAUGCAUUCGUAUACGUGAUGCGAAUGCGAGCUGUGUUUUCGGCCGGCUGGGGGAGCGUGUCCUGUCACUGUGAGUAAACUAAAAGGUUACCGAGUUUUUGAGGUCUGAGUUUGCGACUUUCAGUCACAUUGUGUAUCGAUCUUGUAAGACUUUCGAAUGAACUACCUAUCUUGUUCAUAAA